UGUCCAGCUUAGUAGACAUCAAAGCCUGAUGAAUACUUGUGAAAUAAGCCUGGACGAUCUGGAUUCCAUUUGCCUGCUAUCUCGACCAGAAGCAUUAGGAAGCAAAUAUGCGAUAUCACUAUCAAGGACCUGAACUGAGACGCUCUUCAAACUCUUCAUUAUUCAAGCCAUCGAAAAACAGCUGCGAUUUUGAAAUACACUAUUCGUCAUUAGUUAUGAAGGCUGCUAGGCUAAUAACACAGAAAGUUGUAUUUUUUGUUUACUUCAUGAUGAAUUAAUACGAAAGAAAAACGGUAGUUUCGCGCUGUACCGUAUCUUUUACUACACAAGACACAAUUCCUGCUGUAUCACCA